GAGUCAGAUAGCUGUGGGGCUGCGCCGCUGUCACAGACCUGCGCUGGGAGCUGUCCACAAGCCGAGAGCUGCUUCCACAUAGCACAGAAGAGACCGAGAGAGAGAGAGUGUUGCAGGAAAACAGGCUGAAUGUAACAGAUAAUUGCAACGAGAAAGAGACAGCAAAAAAAAGUGGCAUGUGCAUAUAAAUAUAUGCAGAAAUACACAGUAGUUUCAUGAUGAGGCUGCAGUUGGAUUCUCUGUUAAGCCGGAAGCUAGUCGAGACAUGAGGGUUUUUUCAGUGCAAGAAAAUAUUUAAGUAUCUUUAUAACGUGCAGUUUGAAAGGUGAAGACAUCAUGACAAAAACAGAAUUCUAGAAGAACUUGUUGGAAAAGAGAAAAGGAAGUAACGCUGAGAACUCCGCUGGCCAAGAAAAGUCCAUGGAAGAAGUUUGUUUUUGGGUCCAAAUGAUGAAGCUGAUGGGAGGAUAUUCCAUAGGCUGUGAAAUGUUGACAGUUAGGAAUUACUGAUUCCACCUUCACUGUGUGCAGAAGAAUUGCUGAACAAACAUGUCAAAGAAAGGACGGGUGAAGGGCGAAAAGCCCGAGGCAUUAAUAGAUGCAUUGCAAGCUGCCAAUGAGGAACUCCGAGCCAAGCUGACUGAUAUUCAAAUCGAGCUUCAGCAGGAAAAAGGCAAGGUGAAUAAACUAGAACGGGAAAAAGUACAAGAAGUGAAGCAAGUGCGGGAGCUGGAGCAACAUAAGCAGACGGUGCUGACCACAGACCUUAAGGCUAAACUCCAUGAAGAGAAAAUGAAGGAGCUACAAACCGUCCGCGAGAUCCUACUAAAGCAACACGAGCAGGAACUAGCCCGCGCAAUCAAGAUCAAAGACAGCGAAAUUCAGCGACUCCAGUCCACUCUGAACGUGCUACGGGAUGGGGCAGCUGACAAAGUCAAGACUGCCCUGCUCAAUGAAGCCAGAGAAGAAGCUCGGAAGGGAUUUGACGGCGAACGCACCAAGCUGCAGCAGGAGAUAGUGGAGCUGAAGUCCACGAAGAAGCAGGUGGAGGAAUCCCUGAACUACGUCGUCCAGGCCGAUAAGAAGAAAGCUGCUGAGCUGAGGAGUGCUCACCAGUCUCAUCAGGACGAGAUCACCAGAAUCAAGAAGGAGUGUGAGAGAGACAUUCGUCGGCUGAUGGAUGAGAUAAAGAGCAAAGACAGGGUCAUUCUUGCCUUGGAGAAGGACCUUGGCGUUCAAACAGGCCACACUCAGAAGCUCAUCCUUCAGAAAGAAGCCCUCGAUGAGCAGCUGGUACAGGUGAAAGAAGCUGAACGCUACUACAGCAGCCCCAAGCGCGAAUUUCCGAGUGCUGCAGGGGACACCUCCGACCUGAUAGGGAACCAUGAACCACAACUGGAUGAAAGGGAUGUAAGGCGGUUCCAGUUGAAGAUUGCUGAACUAAAUGCUGUGAUUCGAAAGCUAGAGGACCGAAACACGCUGUUAGCAGAUGAGAGGAACGAACUGUUGAAACGUGUCCGUGAGACAGAGAGCCAGUUAAAGCCACUCGUAGAGAAGAACAAGCGCUUGACUAAGAAGAAUGAGGACAUCAUGCAGUCUGUACAGAGGAUGGAAGAUAAGUUAAAAAAGCUGACCAGAGAAAAUGCAGAAAUGAAAGAGAAGUUAGCUUCACAAGGACAGCUGAGGCGUCAUACUUCACUGAAUGAUCUGAACCAAACACAAGACGAGCAAGAAAUAGAGUUCUUGCGACUCCAAGUUGUUGAGCAACAACACAUUAUUGAUGAUUUAACAAUGGAGAGGGAGAGAUUAUUACGUUCUAAGAAACAGAAAAGAAGAAGCACAAAACCUCACAAGAGGCAUGUUGUAGAGACAUUUUUUGGAUUUGAUGAGGAAUCGGUAGAUUCAGAAACCUCUUCCGUUGCCUCAUAUACAACUGACAGGACACCAGCAACUCCAGAAGAAGAUCUAGAUGAGGUCAUAAACCGGGAAGAAUCUGAACUGAGAUUCCGUCAGCUUACGAGAGAAUACCAGGCUCUGCAGAGAGCUUAUGCGUUGCUUCAGGAGCAAGUCGGUGGAACUCUGGAUGUGGAGCGAGAAACCAGGACUCGUGAACAGCUGCAAGCUGAUCUCCUCCGAUGUCAAGCCAAAAUUGAAGACCUGGAAAAAUCGCUUGCUGGGAAAGGGCAGGAUUCAAAAUGGGUGGAAGAUAAGCAGUUACUCUUUAGAAACAACCAGGAACUUUUAGAAAAGAUUCAUAAAUUGGAACAGGAAGAAUUGAGACUACAGAAUGAGAUGCAAGAUGCAAAGGACCAGAAUGAGCUGCUAGAGUUCAGAAUCUUAGAGCUCGAAGUAAGACAUUGUGUUUGUAAAGUGUCAAAUGGAGCAGACAUUUAUGAAUCAAAAAGGAGAGCAUGUGUGCAGUAAUAUUGAAUGUAGUUACAUGUGUUCCAGUACUCACGAGAACUGCCUUUUAUUAAUGUGCUACAAUUUCACUUCAGAAGAAGUGAGAUGUCUCACAGCCCGAAUUUUUGAUGUCAAAAAAUAUUUGAAAUAUAUUACGAAGAAUUGUUAGAGAUUGAUUGAAA